AUGGAAGCUACAUCCUAUGAAGGCGUCGUUGUGGGAGCUGGGCCCGGCGGACUAGCCACACUUGCAACACUGCUCGAUAUUGGAGUCAGGAACAUCCUUUGGGUGGAUAGAACUUUUGGAGGCGGGAGAUUGAAUGAACUAUACCGGGAAAUAUCAUCUAACACCAAAAUUGGUAUUUACCUAGACGCAAUCUACGCUUCGCCUACCUGCCGUUCAAUCAUUGAAUCUACCCCUGCAUCCAAUGCAAUUACAAAACUGGAGUCUUUGGACAGAGAAUCGACUUGUCAGCUCAGUUUGGCCGGUGAUAUGAUUUGCAUGCUAAGGGAUGGGCUUCUCAAAUGCCCAGAAGUGGAGAUGAAAGAAGAGACUUGGACAGUCUCAAUGGCUGAUGCCGAGGUCAAGAGUAAGCGUGUGUUUCUCUGCACCGGUUCUCAUCCAAAGUCCGCCUCGCUACAUCAAGCAAUCAACCCCAAUCUAACCGUCCUUGAUGUGGACGAAUGUAUGCGCCGCUCAAGACUGCCGUCGGUGCUUCCAGAAGACUCCAAGUCAGUUGUGGCAGUCGUAGGAAACUCCCACUCUGGAAUUUUGUGCUGCUGGAACUUGUACGACAUUUCCAAAUCUGAUCAACGCGAUGUCAAAACCUUCAACUUCCGCAGACGGCCUAUCACGUACGCUGUAUACACCAAGGAUGGGAUAAUAUUUGAUAAUUCUGGUCUAAAAGGCAAGACGGCAGAAUGGGCAAAGAAUGUCAUGGAGAACCAGCUGGAUCAUACCCGACUCGAAGAGAUUGAUUUGGGGAAGAACGAAGACUCAGUCUAUCGAGAAUUUCUUCCCAAAUGCACGCACAUCGUCUAUGCGAUUGGCUAUCAGCGGUCAUCACUGCCGAAGAUAUACAUCAACGGUCAACGGAAAGAAACGGAGAUUGAAUUUGACAUGCAUUCCUCUGGAUUCCAUCUUCGAGGCGGAAGUGAGAGAGUUACUGGACUUUACGGUAACGGCAUUGCAUUCCCCCAGCUGGUUCAAGACCCUGAAGGGCACAUAGAAGAAGCGGUGGGAGUUGCGAAGUUUUUCAGUUUUGCAGAGAAGGUGAAGGAAAACUGGCGUCAUAUC